AGCGUACCCAAGUGGCUAACUAGUGACGUCAGAGGAUCACUUUUACUUUCGUUUCAUCCGAAACGCGAUGGAUAACGAACGAUGAACGAGGGCGCACAGCUACUAGUCCCCAUGUUGGACGCGAGAAGCAUCGCCAUGGAUGCAGGCUUCACUGCCGUAGAAGUCCGCGGUGUUCCACGCAAGCUUCCAGAAGAUCGGAUGAUUGACAAGCUGACGAUUCACUUCCUGCGGCCUCGGAACGGGGGCGGGGAGGUGCUCAGGGUGGUGUACUCCGACCAAGCUCCACACCGGGCGUUUGUCGUUUUCGAGCGUCCAGAAGUGGCGGCUCGUGUCCUGCAGAGGGCGCACGUGCUGCAGUUGGAGGGGCAGUCUUUUCCCCUGACGGUCCGCCCGGGGGAGCAUGCUGAGGUGGACCUGCCUGUGAGAGCCACGCUGGACCUGCGGCAGUUUCGGGAUCAGGACGCCGCGCUCUCUAUCCUGAGGAGGCACGGGUUCAAGGUGAACCGGCAGCACCCCGGGCAGGCGCUGCUGGAGGGGACCUUCCUCAGUUUGAGCGCCGCUAGGGUCAGACUGGCGGAGCUGCUCGCCUCCGAAGGCCAAUCGCGGAGCUUGUACCCCGAGCCCCGCCCCAGCGUCCUCUCCCAGGGAGCGGUGGACAAAUGGGGACUCUCAUCAAACGCAGACAUGUCAUACAGGCUGAACGGGGCCAAGGUGGAUGCUGGGAGUUGGAGUCCUAAGGAUGCCAAGCAAUCGCCUACUUCCUUUUCCUCCGUCACCCCGUCCCGCGUCCCAUCGCCCGGCUCCGCGGCCAGCUUCCUGUACGAUUCCCCCCCGGGGGGCCGGCCCUCGGCCAGCCCCCACCACCGCGACCACGCCUCCUACGAAGGCCAAUCGCAGAGCUCAUACCUUGAGCCCCGCCCCAGCGUCCUCUCCGAGGGAGGGGCGGACAAAUGGGGACUCUCAUCAAACGCAGACAUGUCAUACAGGCUGAACGGUGCCAAGGUGGAUGCUAGGAGUUGGAGUCCUAAGGAGGCCAAGCAAUUGCCUACUUCCUUUUCCUCCGUCACCCCGUCCCGUGUCCCAUCGCCCGGCUCCGCGGCCAGCUUCCUAUACGAUUCCCCCCCGGGGGGCCAGCCCUCGGCCAGCCCCCACCACCGCGACCACGCCUCCUACGAAGGCCAAUCGCAGAGCUCAUACCUUGAGCCCCGCCCCAGCGUCCUCUCCGAGGGAGGGGCGGCUAAAUGGGGACUCUCAUCGGAAGCAGACAUGUCAUACAGGCUGAACGGUGCCAAGGUGGAUGCUGGGAGAUGGAGUCCUAAGGAUGCCAAGCAAUCGCCUACUUCCUUUUCCUCCGUCACCCCGUCCCGCGUCCCAUCGCCCGGCUCCGCGGCCAGCUUCCUGUACGAUUCCCCCCCGGGGGGCCGGCCCUCGGCCAGCCCCCGUGACCGCGCCUCCUUCGCGGUGGACACCCACGCGCUCCGCUACGCUGGCUCCUUCCGCAACGACGAGGUCCAAGAGAUCCUGCAGGAGCACGGCGUGCAGAUGGAGGUGCAGCACGUGGACGGUUCGGGGGUCAGCACCGUGGUGCUGGCGGGCCGCCACGCGCCGCAGGCCGAGGACAAGCUGGCGGGGCUCCUGAGGGAGGUGCAGGCGGGCCUCCGCACCCAGGAGAUCCCCCUCUCCUCCAUGAGCCAGGAGCGACAGCGCCAGGUCGGCCAGCUCGCCCUGAAGCUCGGAGGCAUUUACAAGGUUCUGGUGCUCCAGACGGGCGACGCCCUCCAGCUGGUGGGCUCCUCCAGCAAGAGCUACGAGCUGAAGCAGAGGAUUCUGGGAGAGGAGGGGAGUCGGCCCUCCUCCAGGCGGGAGGGCGUGGAGCAGGAGCGCGGCAGGCAGCCCGGAAGGAGCGCCUCGUUGCCACGGCGACCCGCCAGGGAGGGCGCGAGAGACUCGGGCCCCGGCUCCGCGGCGGCCGGAGGGUACGACCCGUCGAAAUACGACCAGGGGCCGGGGGGCAAGGGGCCCGGGCGAGGGGGCCGCGCGGACCCCACCCCGCCAACGGACCCCCGAAGAAAGAGAAGCGUCUCGGAGUCCCGCUCCAAAGAGAAGGAGGGCAGAGCCACGCCAGGGCAAGGGGAUAACCACAGGGUGCCCCCUGCUGGCGCUUCAACAACACCGGAGAAAGAACAAACCUCAAAAAAGAAAAGUGGCCCAACUAUGUUGAAAAAUCUAUUUCAACCACCACAGUUUAUAGAUAGGAAUUUCUUACGUAAAAAGAAGAGCUAAUUGAAUUAAUGAGCGCAGUCGAAAAACUAGCGGACGGGAACACUUUUAUGCUUCAGAUCAGGGGAAGGGAAUAAAUCCAUUCUACUGAAAAUGAAGUUAAUAUCAACAUGCUGUCUCCACUGUUAAUAGAAGAACUAGAUUCGAUCUGCUCCAGUGCUCUGUUGCCUUGGAUACGUUAGACCAGUGAACAUAUGCACACCUGUCACCUGUAAAUGUGCCCCAUCUUUAGUGUUGUUUUUAACAAUAUGACCAGUGGCUGGUAUCCAGGGUGUUGAAAAAACAAACAACUGCACGUGCAAAAAAGGGGAUUAUUUGAAGGCUAAUGAUGCUAUGAACCGACUGUAUAUGUGAACAGCCUACUGGUAUUUGCUUGUGAAAGACAUUUCUCAUUCACAUUGGUGUUAUUCGGCUUCUACCGGUUAGAAAUCUGUCCAAUGUUUGAAGCAAAGCAAGCUUGCCCAGAACCAUAACACGAAACACCUAGCAUAAAAAAAAUAAUUUAAUGAUUCAUCAAAACUACUUUAGAGUCUAGAUGCCGGAUGUAUUUUGCAGAGCUUCCUCUAGUCUCUCUUAUGAGGAAUGCAGUUAUAAUUCUAACUAAAUUCUAACUUCUAAAUUCUCCUCCUCGUGAGUAAUUAUGGGAUUAGUACCAUAUUAUCUAACUCCCUCUGUGUGUAACUGCAUACCCAUAAUGCUUUGAGAACAUAUCCUGCAUCACCACCCUUUUACUGACGCUUUGACCUAGUAAGCACCAUGUGACAAAGUGGUGAACACCAGACCUGGGUGGAUUCAAAUACCUUUCUACGCCAGCGUAUUGGAACCAAAGAAAUACUCUCAUAAAGUGCAAACCCCACCUUCUGGUCACAUUAGCAGGCUCAGUUACACCAGGCAAGAUCAAUAGAGCACAGAAAAGUAUUUGAAUCCAAAACAAUAUGUAUGUAUUUCACCCAGGUCUGGUGAACACAUACCUCUUGGGAAUCGAACACACAGCUGAGCUGAAAUCUUGACUGCCAAUGUUAUGUGCUACAUUUACUUUAUAUGUGUUUAUGUGUCAUUCACAUUCCUGUCUCACACGUGGGUGAAUAAACAAAUUAUGGAAUUAUACUUUCCUAAAAUCAGAAGUGGUUAUCUGUAUUGUUGCUUGAAAUUAAAUUAUUAAAAAAAAAAUCUUGGAGUAUACACUGUGCUUCCUCUGUUGUGUUUAUAUUAAACGUUGGGAAACCAAAACUUC